AUGUUUCCUUGGGGGCUGAGCUGCCUGUCAGUGCUGGGGGCGGCUGGCACUGCUCUCCUGUGCACUUGCCUGCUGCUUAGCCUAGCCCAGCACCUAUGGACCCUCCGCUGGAUGCUGAGCCGGGACCCGGCCUCCACUCUUCCUCUGCCCAAGGGCUCUAUGGGCUGGCCCUUCUUCGGCGAAACGCUGCACUGGUUAGUUCAGGGCUCGCGCUUCCACAGUUCUCGCCGGGAGCGCUAUGGGACAGUGUUCAAGACGCACUUGCUGGGCAGGCCAGUGAUCCGCGUCAGCGGCGCGGAGAACGUGCGCACCAUCCUGCUGGGUGAGCACCGCCUCGUGCGCAGCCAGUGGCCGCAGAGCGCGCACAUCCUGCUGGGCGAGCACACACUGCUAGGUGCCGUCGGCGAUCUGCAUCAGCGGCGGCGCAAGGUCCUGGCACGCGUGUUCAGCCGCGCCGCGCUGGAGCGCUAUGUGCCGCGCCUGCAGGGGGCGCUGCGGCGUGAGGUGCGUUCCUGGUGCGCGGCGCGAAGGCCGAUCUCAGUUUACGACGCCGCCAAAGCGCUCACCUUCCGCAUGGCCGCGCGCAUCCUGCUGGGGCUGCGGCUGGACGAGGCUCAGUGCGCCACGCUGGCCCGGACCUUCGAACAGCUCGUGGAGAACCUCUUCUCACUGCCUCUGGACGUGCCCUUCAGUGGUCUGCGCAAGGGCAUCCGGGCAAGGGACCAGCUGCAUCGGCACCUGGAGGGGGCCAUUUCUGAGAAGCUUCAUGAGGACAAGGCUGCAGAACCAGGUGAUGCCCUCGACCUGAUCAUUCACAGCGCAAGGCAGCUGGGCCACAAGCCCUCCGUGCAGGAGCUGAAGGAGUCAGCUGUGGAGCUCCUCUUCGCUGCCUUCUUCACCACGGCCAGUGCCAGCACCUCGCUCGUCCUGCUGCUACUGCAGCACCCAGCUGCCAUUGCCAAGAUCCGAGAGGAGCUGGUGGCGCAGGGGCUGGGGAGCGCGUGCGGCUGCGCACCUGGGGCAGCGGGAGGCGGCUCGGGGCCCCUGCCCGAUUGCGGCUGCGAGCCGGACCUCAGCCUCGCAGCCCUGGGCCGUCUGCGCUACGUCGACUGCGUGGUCAAGGAGGUGCUGCGCCUCCUGCCGCCGGUGUCCGGGGGCUACCGCACGGCUCUGUGCACCUUUGAGCUCGACGGCUACCAGAUCCCCAAGGGCUGGAGCGUGAUGUAUAGCAUCCGAGACACGCACGAGACGGCUGCAGUUUACCGCAGCCCUCCCGAAGGCUUCGACCCGGAGCGCUUUGGCGCAGCGCGCGAAGAUUCGCGGGGCAGCUCCAGCCGCUUCCAUUACAUCCCGUUCGGCGGCGGUGCGCGCAGCUGUCUCGGCCAGGAGCUGGCGCAGGCUGUGCUCCAGCUGCUAGCUGUGGAGCUGGUGCGUACCGCGCGCUGGGAGCUGGCCACACCCGCCUUCCCCACAAUGCAGACCGUGCCCAUUGUGCACCCAGUGGACGGGCUGCGGCUCUUUUUCCACCCCCUCGUGCCUUCGGCUGCAGGGAAUGGGCUAUGCCUCUGACCUGCUUGCACUGUAGGACACGGCUUGGUCAGUGGCUGUAGCAGGCAGCGCCACCCACCUGCA